AUGGCUCAACAAAAUGCAUGGGAAACCAAAUUCAACGAACUAUUUUCUGAGCUGAAUGACCCGUGGAAUUUGGAAAUAGUAAGCAAUGUAGUGCAGGAAAGCGGAUGGCUACAAAUGCAAUACACUGGAAAAGCAACGUUUGAAUGUAGCACAGCCACAUGCAACAACAAAUGGACAUCCAUUAAUGCUGGAGCUAGAAUCUACUAUCGCCAAUUCGGUUCCAACACUGGACAACAAUCACAAACUGGGAAAGUAAAACUGUUUCUGGGUGGACAAAAAUGUUUGAAAUGCAACGGCGUAUUCGAAAAUGCAAUGUGGCACAACUUAUACAUAAAACGUGCGAUUACAAAACUGUUGAAUAAAGUAAAGCAAAAGUUCUAUGGUUUGAACGUUCCCACCAGUACAACAGGAAACGCAUAUGUCCAAGCAGAUAUGUCCGCCCCUCACCAAACAAGUCUUUGUGAAUUUUGUGCGAUGGGAAUAUGCCAGCAUGGUCAACAGAAUGAUAUUGACAGCAUCGCAAAUCAGUUCGAACACCUCGACGUGUCGGAUGAGGACUACGAUGACGUGUCGGAUCAUGACUACGAUGACGUGUCGGAUCAUGACUACGAUGACGUGUCGGAUCAUGACUACGAUGACGUGUCGGAUGAUGACCAUGAUGACGUGUCGGAUGAUGACCAUGAUGACGUGUCGGAUGAUGACCAUGACGACGUAUCGGAUGAUGACCAUGACGACGUGUUGGAUGAUGUCCAUGAUGACGUGUUGGAUGAUGACCAUGAUGACGUGUCGGAUGAUGACCAUGAUGACGUGUCGGAUGAUGACCAUGACGACGUGUCGGAUGAUGACCAUGAUGACGUGUCAGAUCAUGACUACGAUGACGUGUCAGAUCAUGACUACGAUGACGUGUCAGAUCACGACUACGAUGACGUGCGGGAUCAUGACUACGAUCA